AUGCCGCCUCGAACAAGAGCGGGGGUUCAAAGCCAAAAACAGAAGGAGAAGCUUGCCAACUCCUAUAAUGAACUGCUUGAGGAGUUCUCCUCCAAGGAUCUUCGGACUGUGGGGAAUUAUACAUUGGGGCGGUUAAUUGGGAAAGGUUCCUUCGGCAAGGUAUAUCUCGCCUCGCACAAACUCACCAAUGGCUCAAAGGUGGUGCUCAAAUCGUCCAGCAAGGAGGACACCAAUCUCGUGCGCGAAAUUCAUCACCAUCGCCAAUUUCUCCAUCCUCAUAUCACACGGCUGUACGAAGUGAUAGUAACUGAGAGCCUCGUUUGGCUUGUGUUGGAGUAUUGUCCCGGCGAUGAGCUCUACAACUACCUCCUUCGACACGGCCCACUCCCGGUAGAAAAAGUGAAGCGGAUGUUUACUCAAUUGGUGGGAGCGGUCGCCUAUGUCCACAGUAAAUCCUGUGUGCAUCGCGACUUGAAACUGGAAAACAUUAUGCUGGAUAAACAAGAAAAUGUGAAGCUCUGCGAUUUUGGGUUCACGCGUGGUGCACCCGAGAUGCUCAAAGGAGAGAAGUACGCGGGAGAAAAAGUGGAUGUCUGGAGUUUGGGAAUCAUUCUCUAUGCGCUUUUAGCAGGCGAGCUGCCAUAUGACGACGAUGACGACGAAAUCACCAAAAAGCGAAUAUUGUCAGAUGAGCCGACCUUCAACGACAAAUUCACAGACGAUGCCAAGGCUCUGAUCAAUCUCCUGUUGUCCAAACGACCUCUGAUUCGACCCAGUCUAGACGAGAUCUUGGCUCAUCCUUUCCUUUCGGAGCAUGCUCCUGAACAACUUGCCAUCCUGAAAAUCCCAAGACCCUCGCCAUUUACUACGCCACUGGAGAAGACUACAUUGCAGCGGAUGAAAAGCGCUGGGGUCAACAUUGACGAGGUCAUUGAAAAUGUUCUGGCUCAGCGGUGCGACCCACUCGCCGGCUGGUGGGCACUGCUAAUUGAAAAAGAGCAACGGAAGGAACGAAAGAGGGAGCGCAAGCGUCACGAGCGGGAGGUCGAAGCCAUUAACCUUCGUCGUCUGAGCGCCGCGAGCAGUCGUCUAGAGAAGCGAUCAUCGGCUCUAAUGGAGGUGGAGGAAGAAGGCUCGGGAUUGGGAGAUCGUGGGAGACGGGAUAGAAGAAGCUUACUAUCCCAGUCGGCAGUACCAGAUCUUCCUGCGCUUCCUGAACCGCUUCCUAUAUUCCCAAUUGAGCUCACCAAGCCACCAUCGUCCCUCGACAAAGCUUCUAUACGGUCCCACAACUCGACACGCCGCCGCCCAGUUCCGCCGCCAAAAGAUAGACGGCGAUCACGGCCCAGUAUGCUACAUGUUAGCGCAUCACAGCCUGAAUUAACGCAGCAGCACAGCAUCUUCCGGCGUCGUACUAGUCGUCGUCACCAGUAUCCGAUACUCAGCCAGCUAGCAUCCCUCAAGCACUGGUUUGUAGAGUCGGCGAAGAGAGCACGAUCUCCCCAUGCCAAAUCGAUGGGCUCGCGCCAUUUUCUUUCCGAGAAGCUGAGCCCGGCGAAGUGUCCAGAUACUGGAAAGAAAGAUGUGGUCUUGUCGUCCCUACAAAGUGAGGUCGCAGGGGAGGAAGUUGUGACACCCACCCAGGUCAAACGAAUCUCCAAUGCUAGCAGCCUCACUCCUAGUAGUGCCUCAUACCGCCAAAACAGCCAUUCUUACACUCGCCAGCCGCGGCCAUUGACCACCGGUCAUAACAGUCAUCGAAAAUCCCUCUCACCCUCACCUAUCACACCACGCGGAUCCUAUCAGCGUUCAUCGGUCGGACUACGAGGACGCAAAUCUACAUCCUCCUCGGUAUCAUCGAUCCGAAGCAUUCAUCACGCUCGUGCUCAUUCCAAGGCAUCUUCGAUUUCUUCCAACAGCGUAGAUACUAUCUCGACGCCCACUGCCAGAGUCUCCAGAUCGCCUCACUCAUCGAUUAAAGUGUUGCCCACCACCCCAGGUUCCUCAUCCCGCUUUCCGAGCAAUAUUCGCUUGGUAAGAGGGCCAGGUGGAGCACCUCGCGAACUUGGCGAUCCAGGUCAGAUGCCAUCGUCAUUCAAUGAGGCGGUACCAGGGCCGUUAUUCUACUCGCCCUCUUCAAGCCUGGUGUUUGCAAGGCGGAAGAGAUCUCUCUUCAAGGGUCCAAUGAUCCAUACCACUAAUUUGAUGGUUUCUGGUGGGGUAGUCAACUCCCCCGUUCUCGGUCAGCCAGCGAAUACCAGUCCCGACAUCGUGGCAGGGCGGCCUGUUGUACGCAAAAGCCAAAUUAUCGAGGAAGAGGAAGAUAUCGAAGGGAUUGAGGAAGAAAUCGAAGAAGUCGACGAGUUCGACGAACCUGGUGCACCUUCUGAUUCCGUUGCCCCCGACGAGCGCCCCGCGGACGAGACCGGAUCUCCCUCGAGCGGCAGGACGCCAUCUGCUCCUGUUUCAACCCCUGAAACCAAUCCCCUUCAGCCUCCUUGCUCCUCCUCUUUGUGCUCGCCGUCCGAUGCCGUAGAGAAGAUCCACAUCGCUGAAUAG